AUGAUUUAUUCUGAGGACGGCGACGGGAUGACGCAAGACGUUUUCAAAGCGAUAUUCGUCAACGACUUCGAUGGCCUCCAGAAGAUCUACGCUAAGCACGACCUGAGCACGGAUAUACUGGACGAACAUGGCAUGACACCGCUCCAACACGCUGCAUACAAAGGCAAUGAGCAAAUCGUCCGUUGGCUGUUGAACAGGGGUGCUGACGUUAAUUCAGGUAAACACAAGUACCAGUAUACUGCUCUGCAUUUUGCUGCCCUCAGCGGCAAUCCCGUGGUGUGUAGUCUGCUGUUGGCUGCCGGUGCCAAAAGCGAACUGACCAAUACUGUCGGACGCACUGCUUCUCAAAUGGGCGCUUUCGUAGGUAAUCACAACUGUGUGGCAGUAAUCAGCAAUUAUGUACCAGAAGAAGAAGUCACUUGUUAUACAAAACCAGACUCAAAUGAUAAUGAACCAAAGUUACCUCCAGAGUUAGCCCAAUCUGUUCACAAAUUUAUUAUGAUGACCAAUAUCCAUCCAGUGAAAGUGGCCCUAGAAAUACCCCCAGUUUUCUUGAUCGAUGAUAAUUCGUCAAAAAUUUACAAAGUGUUGAAUUUGAUGUGUGAGCGUGAAAUUAACAAACAGCUAGAAACUAAUGAAGUGAUGGCUUUUAAGUUUCAUUACUUAGCCAGCAUUCUGAUUGAAGUUGCCAAGUACAAUGAUAUGAAAAGCGAAAAACAAUCAGAUCCAAAGGAAUUAUUCAUUAAGAAAAUAUUGAAAAGUGAAAUUUAUUCUGAACAGUUUCUUAAGGAUUGCAUUAGAAUGUUCCCAUUUAGAGAUUGUACUAUUUUCAGACAGAUGGUUGCUAGUCUGACACGAGGUAAAGAUAGCAUGACAGCCCUCAAUGUUAUACUGGUAAUGAUUGGAAAUAGACGUGGUAUGGGCGUAGAUUCAUUUGGUGAUGAACGCAUAUGUGGUACAUGCGCUGAAAAUAAUGCUACCAAAAAAUGUGCCAAAUGCAAAGCUGUGCAAUAUUGCGACCGUGAGUGUCAACGCAUCCAUUGGUUUGUUCAUAAAAAAGAGUGUAACAGAGAGGCCAGUAACAAUGGAGCCGUACAGACAUCUAUAGACAGUUCACAUGUAGCCGAAGGUUUAUCUGGACUAGGGAUAAAAUAAAUUUCAGCUGAAACAACUUAAGUAACAUUAUGCUAUGUAUAAUUAUGCACUAUAUAUGUAUGCAUAAUAUAUAAAACGAUUUAUUGACAGCAUAUGUUUUACGUUUUAAAUUUAGACUAACAUGUAUGUAGAAUUAUUAUUAAGUAAUUUGAAAAUAUGUGUUAUGAUUAAAUUUGUAUAAACUUAGUCAUUUAGAAGCCUUUGAUAAUAUUUUUAAUAUUAUCAUAAAAAUCAUAUAAUAUAAUAGAAGUUUGUGUGUAAAACAUUUUAGACCUUUAUACUACAUUUGUUAGACAGUGUUUUGAUUUUGACCUGAUUUGUUUCCAAUUUAAUAAUAAGUAAUCCUGUACCUGUUUUUGAAGCAUUUUUUCUGAUGAAUAUUAUGUCAUUAAUUUGAUUCAAUUAAACAUGCACUUGUACAGUUGUACUGUUAAAAUGA